AGCAGUAGAUUGUGGUUUUGGUUUUCAUAUUCAGCAUUUACCUAUUAAAUACAAUACUCCGCCAGCUGCAACUCUUCUUAUUGCUUUAAGAAUCAAACAAACAUGAAUGAGGGAUCCUCUAACGAAAAUAUUUUCAAUAGUCCGAAUCAAGUAGCUUCGUUUCCCCUUGAUGAACCAACAAACUCUAGCAAUGAAAAGCUCUUGUGUGAUACUAAUUUUCUUUCACUUGAUGACAAAAUGCUAUUUGUUAAUAAACUGAAAGAAAUACUCAGUUGUGGAGUUUGUUUGGAGCUGAAGCGAUCUGCUAUACUUCAGUGCAAAUAUGGUCAUCUGAUAUGUUCUGGCUGUCUUGGUGACAUGAUUGCCGAGAGUAAACUCCAAAAUGAAAUUACAUCUUGCCCAACAUGCAACACUACUAUAAGUAAGGAUUUGUGUUCUCGCAACAUUGCCGUCGAAAAUACAAUAUGCCAGCUGCCUGUCACCUGCCCCUAUUGUUGCCUGGAAUAUCCACUCGAUGUAUAUAAGUACCACAAGACUCUGGAGUGUAUGGAAAGGCCAUCAUUGUGUGAAAACUAUUCAAUUGGAUGUUUAUGGAAAGGCCCAUUUAAAGAAAAACAUCAUCAUGAAGCACAAUGCAGACAACCCCACCUUAAUGGUUAUAAUAUCCUAAAAUGCCUCGAGACAGUUGACAAGCAACGAACAGAAGAAGUAAAGUUCUAUGACAAAAUCCUGGAACUGCUUUCUGUGGAAAAAAAUGCUUAUUCUGAUAUUCAAUUCAAGCCAUGUGGAGAAGAUAACAAGAACCUUUUAUUUGAAACAUCAAAGUUUUCUGCUUUUGGUUUACAGUGGUUAGUCCGUGCAUGUUGUCAAAAAGAUAUGACUGAAUCUCUACCUCUUCAACUGAAAUAUCAGCUAGUAGCAAAGUCAAGACUCAACAGUGAAAUGAAUCUGCAUUUUAUCAUAUUGAGAGGCCCUUACAUUGAAAUGGAAAUCAAGCCAAAUCUGUAUGAAUUCAAAUUUUGCGAAAAGGCUGUCGAGAGCGAGUAUCAGGUGCUGACUUUGUUAAACCAAACAGAUCUUGCCAAAUUUCAGACUGCUAAACGCAUAAGCUUGAGAAUUAUCAUGUUCUUGGAAAGAUAGAUAAGUUUACUGUGAAUGAUGAUUAUUACAGCGACCUCAGCGCUUUUGGGACAUACUACUGUAUUAAAGGAAAUAAAUUAUGUAUACAUGUAAAGUUACAAAAAAUACUUUUUCCAAUGUGUUGACCAAGAACUAAGGAGGAAAAGAAUCGGAAUAAAAAAAUUGAGAAGAAUAAAAAAUAUGGAAAGGAUGCUUAAACCUAGUUGUUUACUCUGAUAUGGCAAACGGCAUCGACACUCAGUAAACUAGCUUCAGGAAAAGACCUAAAAUCAGUAUGAUCAAUUUUUCAAACUGUAGGAUGGUUUCUUAAUUUGAUUGGUUGAGGAUUUUAUCAUUGUACAAUUAUUGAGUAUACUUUUUAUUUGCCUAAUAAGUGUAUUUCAAAUUUCAUUAAAGUCUACUUUUUCACUUUUACACAA